GACUAUGUACCUUGGAGUCUCUCUCUAGAGACACAGAGAGGAGUGGUAGAGCAGAUGAACCAUGGCUACCAUAUCUUUAUCCCUAUCUCCCAAACCCUUCCUCUCCAUUAACAAGCCAAAACCUUACUGCUUUCUUGCACCCAAAAAAGCCACUACCUCAUCCGAAAGACCCAGUCUUUCACACAAUUUACUUCAAAGAAUUACUCAUAAAAGCACCCAAGUUUGGAGAGUCUCAGCCGCCUCUGGCGGGGAAGUUGUGCCAUCAGAAGCAGCCCCACUAGAGAGUUCCCAGGAGAUAGUGUCCACGAGUGAUGAUGGUGUCUCCAACAUCAUAUCAGGUCUUCUCUUGAUAGCCUUCAUUGGCCUGUCUGUUCUCACUAUUGGGGUUAUCUACAUAGGUGUGACAGAUUUCUUGCAGAAGAGGGAGAGAGAGAAGUUUGAGAAAGAAGAGGCAGCUAACAAAAAGAAGACUGGGAAGAAGAAGAAGGUGAGAGCAAGAGCUGGGCCUAGGGGAUUCGGGCAAAAGAUUGAUGAUGAUUAUGAUGAGGAUUAGGAUUUUCAAUGUAAGCUUUUCAAGGUCUUUGUUGGAAUGGGUUUUCUUUACUUCUCUAUUCUGGGUCUUCCACGGAGAAAUCUAGGGGCACAAAUUUCCAGUUUUUGUGACAUUCUUAGGCGACUGUCAGAUUUUAUUCAAGGUGUUUGUCCAAAAAUCUAAAACAGACAAACAAAUGCUUCUCAUUCUAACCUUUUUUUAAGAAGUUAUUUGUGUCUACUAAUUCUAA